CAGGUCACCAAAUAUACCAAUAAAGGUAAAGUCGCUAAAAACCGAUUCCAACACCAAAGCUUAAAAAAGGUCUUCUUCUAAUUAUAUCUCUGGCUCCCCCACUCUCUCAAUAUUUUGGAUUUGAUCAGAUGAAAUCGGAUCGUAAACCUCCGCUUGCUAAAUCGCCGAUCAGGCUUCGACCCCGCCAAGUCCUUCGAUCAAACACAAUGCAAACUCCACCAGGUUCUUUGACAAAAUCCCAGAAACUGAAUCGCACCAGGGAUAUGGCCGAAUCGGAGCUACGUCCCGAGUACCACUCGAUUUCGUGCGAGUUACGGGCUCUAGCAAAGAUGGUUCAAGACGAACUGGGCAAUGGAGAAACUCAAAAGGCUGGAUUUGCUACCAGUCCGUCUGCUGUUUAUUCAAGCUCUCUGUUUGAGAGGGGCAGAUUUUACGAGGAGUACUCGGCUCGAAGGAACGAGAGGCUGAGGAGGAAAAAGGGUCAAACAGGAGAUCAAGGAAAGACCACCUACAAUCUGGGCGUAACGGUCGAAUCCGGAAAAAGAAGUAGCUGUAGAAAGCUUGAGAGCUUUAGAAAAUCCAUCUCUGCUGCUUACUCGGUGGAAACGACGAGCGAGACUCCAAGGUAUAUGCUAAGAAGUAUGAGCAAAGAGAAUAAGAAACCCCCUCUUGCUGCUGCCGUUUAUUCUGACAAAUCCAAGGUCGGCGCCGGGGAGCGGAAACUCGGAGCUCGAAGAGUCCGGAGAAACUGAAUUUUAUUUUAUUUUUGUUUUUACUUUUAUCAUUUUCUAAGUCGGGUACAAUCUUUUACUUUUGCUUUAGCAAAGCCGGAUUAAUUGUGUCUAUUAAUCAUGGCUCGAAAUUUGUUUUCUAUGUUUUCUGAAGAUUCAAAGUGUGGUUGUAGACAGUAGAUCUGUUUGACACUUUGUGGGCUGUAUAGCACAAACUUUAUAAUUGAAUCAGCCUAUUUUAUUUUUUCUGAAUUUCGGUAAA